AUGGAGGCGGCAGACCCCGGGGCAGCAGAGCCGUCCUCUAGGCCGGAGGCCUCGGCGUCUGCCGACGACCGGCUUUUCCUGGUUAAAGGUGGAAUUUUCCUUGGUUCUGUUGCUGCAGCAGGAAUGCUAGCUGGAUUUGCCACAACAUUGUCCUUGGCUAAAAAGAAAAGUCCUGAGUGGUUCAAUAAGGGAAGUAUGGCCACAGCUGCCUUACCAGAGAGCGGGUCUUCCCUGGCCUUGCGAGCCCUGGGGUGGGGCUCACUUUAUGCCUGGUGUGGGGUCGGUGUGAUCAGCUUCGCCGUCUGGAAGGCUUUAGGAGUGCACAACUAUCCACCUCCCAUGAAAGACUUUCGAAAUAAAAUGCAGUCAAUAUUUCCAGCAAUUCCCAAGAACUCUGAGUCGGCUGUUGAGUGGGAGGAAGCACUGAGAUCCAAAUGA